UUGCGUGGUUAUCUUUCACGAAUUUCUUAACCAGGUCUUGUCAUUUUUCCUUGUUCCCGAUAUAAACGAAAAUGUUGGAAAAUUCAGUGACCACAGUUGCGACAGUUGAAUCCAACCCCGCCCCAGGGGGUGUAGCGCUUGUCAAUCACUACAUGACAACACGACAUGGUGACCCAACAGAUUUAGUUGAACUCGCUAAAGUAGUGCAGAGGGCAGAUGAAAGUGUGCGGGCGAAUGCUUCCAACAAACUGACAGUAAUAGCUGAACAGAUUCGAUAUUUGCAGGAACAGGCAAAAAAGGCCUUGACAGAGGCGAAAAGAGAUAAUGAUCUUCAUCAUGCUGCAUGUAAUAUGGUAAAGCGUCCAGGAACCAUUUAUCACAUGUAUGAGAAAGAAUCGGGGCAAAAAUAUCUGUCAAUAUUAUCACCACAGGAAUGGGGUUCGAGCUGUCCACACGAGUACCAUGGUGCUUUCAAACUCAACUACGACUAUUCUUGGACGCCAUUUGAAGACGUUCCCAAGCGUGAAGAAAACGACGCCUUGAUUAAUAAAAUCAUCAACGCCAAGUAUGCGCUGCCAGAUUGUACGAAACCGAAUUUUGAGGGAAUUCGCAAAUCGCAACCAGAAAUCGAACAGAUUGAUGAUGAGAAAUGAAAAGUAUCAGAAAUGAGGACCAUACUGUGAUAAUCGGCAGCAGUUUAUUAGAGGCAGUAUUAAUCUUGUCUAUUACCCCAUACAUCCUAUGAGCACCAAGCUAAAGGAUAGUGCAUAUGUAUUGCAUAAAUUUUCCUGGUUCUCCUCAGGUUCCUUAUAAACAUAGGUCAGCGCUACUUGAUUAUGCUUGGUGCACUGAGAUAAAAUGGCUGUGGUUUUAUUAAUAGAAUGUUUGAUCAGUUAGACAGUGCUGAUCAGGUAUACACAUCUGCUGGUAUAGUUACAGUGAGAUGAAUUCUGCCAUUAAUCAACUGCUGUUAUCGGGCAUGAACAUUGGUGACAGGUGAUAUAAAAAAAACAUUGGCUCAAUGUCAAUUUUCAGGGAGUAUAUAAAACAGGUUUUUUUGGACAUAAAAUGUAGCAUGUGGAAAUUUUGGUUGCAUCUUAUAGAUGAUUUUGAAGUUCAAGUAGUGCCUAAAUCAAUUGAAGAAUAUUUUCAAAUUGUCGGAUCAAAACUUUCGUCCCAGGAAUAUUUGAAAUUUCCAUCUGGACUUGAGCUUGAGGUGGAAAUAAUGGAGGCGUAUUCCAAGUCUGGGGGGGGGCUUGCUCCCGAUGAGACAAGACCACCAUUGAAUAAUCAUAGGUUGGAGGAUCCAAACCUAUCAAUUACAUGUGUGUAGGUUUUUAACUGUAAAGUCUGUUGGAGAAUAGGUUUGAGUUGAUUGACUGAUUGUGAAAAUUGUAGAUAAAUGAUGUAAAUGAGUGCGUAUUGACAUGGUUCCACAAGUAUCUGAUCAGAGGUAAGGAAUGAUAAUAUAAAGUUCUCUUGCAUGUUUAUUAGAGCAAAAUAAAUUGACAAGAUUUUAA